CCGCUUCUCUCACAGAGCCCGGCCGGCCGCGGGAGGGAAAGCCGAACGCCCUACCGGUUCCUCCGCCGGGGCUGUGGGUCUGUCGCCCCGCCAUGAGCGCUCCCGAGGCCGUGCGGCUUCUGGACGCGGCCGACUUCGCCGCCCGCAAGCACGCCUCCCAGCGCCGCAAAGAUCCGGAGAGCACGCCGUAUAUCAAUCAUCCCAUCGGUGUGGCCCAGAUAUUGGCACAGGAGGCGGGAAUAACGGACGUUGUAAUACUGCAGGCUGCCCUUCUGCAUGACACAGUCGAAGACACAAACACUACCUUCUCAGAGAUUGAGGAGCGCUUUGGGGAAGAGGUAAAGCGCAUUGUAGAAGAAGUGACUGAUGACAAGAGGCUGCCGAAGAUGGAGCGCAAGCGCCUGCAGAUUGAACAUGCUGCUCAUUGCAGCCAGGCUGCCAAAUUGGUGAAACUGGCUGAUAAACUUUAUAACCUGCGAGACCUGAACCGCUGCACCCCUCAAGGUUGGUCUGAAAAACGGGUUCAGGAGUACUUUCUUUGGGCCUUGGAGGUAGUGAAGGGGUUGCAUGGUGCAAAUCCGGUGCUGGAAGAGAAGCUGUGGCUGUUGUUUAAAGCAAGAGGCCUAUCAGAUUGACAUGGCAGGGCACUGCCCAACUCUACUGGAAAGAAAACCACCUGGAUAUCUUGAUGUUGGGUGAAUAAUGAAGGGACUUUGGACCAGUUCUCCUGAAUCUACUUUCCUGUCCCACAGUCUUUGCACUCUCCACGAUGGACCUUGCAUGUGUUUGGAUUGCUCUAGUUCUGUCUGAGAAGUUCAUUUCAGCUGAUGACUCUUCUGCUCUUUGAUUCAAUAGCUAAGGUGGCAAGAUGCAAAAAGACAGUCCAAAAGCAGUUUGGCCACUCUGUAAUGAAGGCAAAUUCUAUAGCAGAAGAAUCCCCAUAUAAGAAGACAACUUCAUCAGUCCCUCACUUUUCUGGCCUUGAUCUCCUCCAGAAUCUAAUGACCUGUAAAAGUUGUUCUGCAGUUGUGUUGAGGAGGAAGAGUGCAAGAGAAUACUGAGAAAUCCUUUUUUUGACAGAACGUUUUGACAGGAUUCUAGGAUUGCCUGUCAUUUGUUGUUGGGCUAAUAUUGAAAGAAUGACUAUUGGUAGUGAUGCUUAAUAAAAUCUCUAUCCAAUAUCUGA